UCAUAACAGCGUACCUCCUUCUAAGCAGAACCGCCUCGGCAACCCCCCCCGAACAAUGUGCAACGUUCGCCCGUCAGCGUCCUGUGCCGGAGCUAGCGGCGUAAGACACUACAUCGCGCGCGACGCCUUCGGCCAGCCGCCGGACGCGGCCACGACCGACUUCUGGCGCCCGCCGCCGGCGCCGCCGAGCCCCGUCCGCGAUUUGCUCAACCAGCCGCGCCCGUUGUCAAAUGAUUCGGGCCUCGCGGAGGCGCACGCGGCCCACGUGGCCCGCGCGCACCUGCCGCGGCUGUGCGCCUGGCGGGGCGCGCUCACCGCGGGCGACGAUGUCGACGCGCAGCUGCGCCGGUGCUACUUCGGCGGCGCCGUCGCGCCGGACGGGGGCGGGUUGACCUCUGUGUGGAAAUCAAACAGAGAGUUAUGGCGCCAAGUUUGAUUUCCACACAGGUGGACCUACGACGAGGCGGCGGCGCGGGGCGUCGCGCGCGGGUGUCCCGCGGGCCUCGCGGGCAAGCUCGAGACGCCGCGCGCCCUGGUCCUGGCGGCGCUGCGGUGGGCGCGCGUCGUCUUCGGCGACCACGCGCGCGCGGUCGGCGCCGUCGCGGGCGCGGCCCGGGCCGCGUCGGCGCGCCGGGCCGCGUGGCUCCCGCCCGUCGACCUGCGGCUGACGGACGCGGCGGCGCUCCGGUGCCAGUGCUCGGCGGCCGUCGACCCGGCGGGGGCCGCGCUGUCGCUCGUCGUCACGGCGACGAUCGUCGCCGUCGCCGACGACUCCUCCGGCCCGCCUCCGCGACGUCGUGGCCGCGCGGCGGGCCUCCCCGCCGUGCCGCCGCCCGCGGGCGAGGUGCCCACGCGGCCGCCCUCGCCCGGGGUCGACGCGAUGCGCUCGACGCUCCCGUGA